AUGGCCGUCCCCGAGCCCAUCGGUCAAUCCCACACCAAGCCCAUCAGUGUCGUGGGCGAUGCAACGUACUGCAUUCCGGGCCCGAUCUGUGUCGGCGCGCACGACUACCCUGCGGGUAAGAAUUGCCCCAAGAAGGGCGACGUCGCUGGCCAAGACUGCGUCGGCGGUAUUCCGAGCUACUCGAACGGCCAGUGCGUCUUGACGACCGAUGCCGUGUGCCAGCAAAUGAAUGACGGUGUGUGGGGGUGCAUGCUCCCGGAGGCCGCGCCGAUGGCGCCCACCAGCAACUCGUCCACGACAGUCAAGAUGGCGGUCGCUGCAUCAACGGAUCUGUCGCCGCCCGACUACACGGGGUAUUUUGUCGCGGGCGGCACUGUCGCCGCGGUCGCGGCCGUCGCCAUGGCCGUGCUUAUUGUCAAAAAGCACAACGCCGAGACACCGGUGCUUUGA